UACUGCUGCGCAUGCAAAAGUAACGGCCAGCGUCCGUACAUGCGCGGCGCUGACGCGUCGGUGCGUUGCUGGGGCCGGGGGGAGAGCGGCCGGCUGACCCCGAAUCUGAAAAGAAAAAGGGCUUCAGCCCACUGCCUGCGCUUUUCCAAACUCUGGUACCAUGCAUAUGAGCUUCUACCAGCAAUCAUGAACUUCACCAUUGCACUGAAAGUCACCUACAGGUCACCAAACAGUAUGAAAACACAGCUGAUCACCAUCUCGCCAAGUCGACCCAUCGGCGCUACCAGCGAUCGCAAGGUUGUUGCGGAGUUCCUCGGAGACCUCGCACCUGCUGAAUACUUCAUCAACCUGCAGAACAAGUACUUGCUGGUACCGAACAUCCGUGACAAGCUGAACGACAAGCAGGCGUUUGACCUUGGCUUGGAGCCACUGGAAGUUCUCCAAGUGAAUCAUGGCAUGCCGUACUGGAUGCUGGUGGACCGAGAUCGGGUGGACUUCAGCGGCCGCUCGUGCAACAAGAUUGGCGUCUCCUACACCGGCUUCAAGUUUGAGCAGCGCAGGUGCUACAGUCGGCCAUACAGCUGCCUGCACGACCAGCCGCAGGCCUUGUGGAAGCGCGAUGUGGAUCUAGACAGGCAGCAUGGUGGCCGAGUCAGGGGCGACUUCCUGGUCAAGAACUUUGGCACCAUUCAAGAGGACAAGUUUGGUGCUCUGGAAAACAACACAAACAUCACCUACCUGUCCUUCCUGCCCCGGGACCGACGUGAAAGCAUAGUGACUAUGCAGAUUGAUGCCGACGAUCUCAUCAUUAUCUCCAACAGGAGUCCUGGACUGCUGGUCAGCGUGACGACACACAACUUUAAAAGUCGAACUCGCGACGGAAUGAUGAUGGUGCAGAUCCAAAACACCGGUUAUGUCGCUGCAGAAUAUACGGUAAGCGUAACAAACUGCAGCGAUGGCAUUGCAGGUAUUGCUGCCCAGGUGGCCACGGUACAGCCCGGGCAGAGCCGCAUGCUCACCUUCCAGCUGCACCAGAGCAUACAAGAUGAACGUGUCAACUACUGCCUUGUCAAAUUGUUUGAUCAGGCACAAGCUGAAAUCGACUCGAAGGCUGCCUUCUUCACCACUCUUUCGGAUUGUGAGUGUCUUGGUCGGUCGGCCACCUGUGGUAAAUGUGAGUGUGAUGGUACGAAUGGAGAGAAGUACACAUUGGACGUGAUCGACGUUGCCACAAACCGCAGCGUGAAAGCGGCAGUGGGCAUCUGCGGCUUGUCGGACGACUGGCUGCCGGACUUCUCCAACUUCACGCGCAUCAUGGAACAGCCGCCGCCGACCCUGUCCAGCCAGUUUCUAGCAUAUCUGCAGCGGUGGUAUGUCCUGCUGGCAAUCGGCGUGCUCGCACUCAUCCUGGCCGGGGCACUGAAAAUGUGCUGCGAGGGCUACUGCUUCAAGCGCGACCUGGAUUCGCUGAUUGUCAACAGGCUCUUCUUCGAUGGUCCGCCAAGCCGGCAUCGGCCACGCGAGCAGGUCUACUGUCCACAUCACGACCGGCCAAAGGAUAUCCGUCAGAUGAUAGGCUUCAUGUUCUUCGUCUACCUACCCGUGGCAGUGGUCAUGUCCGCCAUGCUCAUGCUGGUGCGUGCCGUCCUGGCUCUGUAUCGCCUGUACAUGCAGCGUGAUAUGCUACAAGGCCUGGCACUGCUCUCCACGCACCUCAAGCCUCAUCCACAGCAUGGCGAGCCGCCUCGCUCCCACCCCACCGUGCCUGCAAUGGCCCAGGAUGAUGAUGGCGAUGAUGACGAUGCUACUACUGCUGGCGAAGAAAUACAGGGAGGGGAGGGAAGAAGACACUCGGGUGCCACACUCCUUCGCAUGACGACACAGAGUGAUUCGGAUGGCCGGUUGGCCACGUCCGACGGGCCAGAAAACGAGAUCUCUUUGAGAAACAGACGGCACCAGCGCUCUGGCCAUGCUAGGUCAGAGCAGCCGUUGACGCAAUCGAGCGCGCCAAUACCCAAUGCUGCCGAGUUUGUCCAUCUCGACAAUAGCAACAUGCAGCAUGAAAGCCAAACGCAGCCCAACUCAGACUUGGACUCAGACUCCGGCCACGGCGCUCGACAGCCGUUGUUGACACAUUCCCAAACAGUGUCAUCGGCAGACUCUAGCAAGCAGACAUGACCAUGGGAGAUGAGCCACUUUUACAAUAUUCACAUACUAGUACCCAGAAAAUAAUAAUGAAAGACUAUGAUACUGGGGUCAGGACAAAUGAGACAACUCCUGAACAGGGGCUGCAUCGAGCAGGAGUUACAGGUCAGAAGAUGCCGCAAUAGCUUAGUACAAGUCAUAGCUUAGUACAAGCACAGCUAGCUAUGCUUGGUAGUGUGAGUGGGCCGGUGUUUCUAGACAGCCACGGUAAUCAAGCCGCCAUGUGGAAGUGUGAAUGCUUGAGGCAAGAUGAGAAAUCAACACUCGCCGGUCUUUAGUGGAUCACUUCUACCUUGUGACACAUGUACUUGUACUUCAAAAGGAAGAAAGAAGGACUGUGCUGGUACCGGUAGUUGAAGCCACGCCGCGUCCUUCAAGAACUGAUGGCUUGGCAGGUUUCUGCUCUGUAAAGCCAAUUAAACAUCUCAUGCAGCAAACAUCAGAAACACUUAGGACACUGGAAAAACCGGAGUUGAGUCCCUUCUGCUGCUGCUGCUGCUGCUGCUGCUGCUUUCAUUGGUUUUCUCAGUCAUCGUUUGCUUGCGAAGUCACACAUUGUACUGGAUGUAGUACAGUAAUCCUGCAGGCAUGUUACCUACAGGUUCACUGUACGUACACACAGUCUACACUGUACAAACAUACAGGAGGCCAUGAGAUGUCAAUACACUUCAGAUUUCACAACCGUAUGUAUACUUCGAAGUAUACAUACUCGCUCGCUUUGCCAGUAUGUGCUCAUUCUAUUUUCUUUGAAUCGUUCCUUGCAGUGUUUCCGCACCGAUGGGUGUACUUGUAGUAGGCACAUGCACGCACGUACGCGCACACAUAUACGCACACACGCACACACACACUUUCUCUCUCUCUCUCUCUCUCUCUCUCUCUCUCUUUCUCUCUGUUGAUUAUUUCUGUGUCUCCGUCUCAUCCAUUCGUACUUCGGUGUAUGCCAUUGAGGGUCAAAUCACGAGAGAGACAUGACAAGCCCUACGUUAUUGCCCAGUAAGUCAAAGGAGCUUUCCAACCCAGUUCAUUUAACACCUGCAACAGCCAAUUGAUUUUUCUUUUCACCACGAGUUGUGGACGUAAAAUGAAUAAUGAAGUUUCCGGUAAAGUCCGCGGCUUCCACACAUGCAUACGUGCUCAUGACUGUACAUAAUAUUACUUAUAUUAGUAUAGUGUACAUGUAGCUGUGCAGGCAACAUCAUGAACACACCCUUCGCUUGCUGAUAACCUCUA